GUUUUCUUUGUACUCAAGCUGCAGCACAAAUCUUAAAUCGAACAGGUGGGUUCUGAUUGGUGCGUGUUGCUAACUUGUAGAGCGUGAUACCCUCAGAUACAGCAUGGCCACGGAAGUGACCCAGGUUCUUUUGAAUGCACAAGCGGUGGAUGGAGCUGUGAGGAAGCAUGCAGAAGAGAGUUUGAAACAGUUUCAGGAGCAAAAUCUUCCUACUUUCCUGUUAUCUCUAGCGGGAGAGCUUGCUAACAACGAGAAGCCUGUAGAUAGUCGUAAAUUAGCGGGUUUGAUCCUUAAGAAUGCCUUAGAUGCCAAGGAACAGCAUAGGAAGUUUGAGCUUGUUCAAAGGUGGUUGUCAUUGGAUGUGGCUGUGAAGAACCAGAUUAAGACAUGCUUACUGCAGACCCUUUCUUCUCCUGUCCCUGAUGCUCGGUCAACUGCAUCACAAGUCAUUGCUAAGGUAGCUGGCAUUGAGCUGCCGCAGAGGCAGUGGCCUGAGCUAAUAGGAUCACUCUUGUCAAGCAUUCACCAGCUUCCAGGUCAUGUCAAGCAAGCCACCUUAGAAACUCUGGGAUAUUUGUGUGAAGAAGUUUCUCCAGAUGUUGUAGAUCAAGAUCACGUGAAUAAAAUACUUACAGCCGUGGUUCAAGGGAUGAAUGCGACGGAAGGUAAUAAUGAUGUUAGGCUUGCUGCUACCCGCGCAUUGUACAAUGCUCUGGGUUUUGCUCAGGCAAAUUUUAGCAAUGAUAUGGAACGCGAUUAUAUUAUGAGAGUUGUCUGUGAGGCCACUCUUUCCCCAGAAGUGAAAAUUCGUCAGGCAGCUUUCGAGUGUUUGGUAUCCAUUUCUUCGUCAUAUUACGAGAAAUUAUCUCCCUACAUACAGGACAUCUUUACCAUCACGGCAAAGGCUGUGAGGGAAGACGAGGAACCUGUGGCUCUUCAAGCUAUUGAGUUCUGGAGCUCAAUCUGUGACGAGGAGAUUGAUAUACUAGAAGAAUAUGGGGGUGAUUUUACUGGGGAUUCUGAAAUUCCCUGCUUUUAUUUUAUCAAGCAAGCACUCCCUGCUCUCAUACCUAUGCUGUUGGAAACACUUCUUAAACAAGAGGAGGAUCAGGAUCAGGAUGAUGGGGCUUGGAAUCUUGCUAUGGCUGGUGGCACUUGCCUAGGUUUGGUUGCACGAACUGUUGGAGAUGAUGUUGUCCCUCUUAUAAUGCCAUUCAUUGAAGAGAACAUCACCAAACCUGAUUGGAGGCAAAGGGAGGGGGCUACGUAUGCAUUUGGUUCCAUCUUGGAGGGUCCUUCACCUGACAAGUUAACACCCAUCGUUAACGUGGCUCUAAAUUUCAUGCUCACUGCCUUGACACAGGACCCAAAUAGCCAUGUGAAGGACACAACGGCCUGGACCCUGGGUAGAAUUUUUGAAUUCCUCCAUGGUUCGACUAUUGAGACACCCAUAAUUACUCAAGCAAAUUGUCAACAGAUUAUCACAGUUCUGCUUCAGAGCAUGAAGGAUGCUCCUAACGUUGCUGAGAAGGCCUGUGGUGCUCUCUACUUCCUUGCCCAAGGUUUUGAGGAUGUGGGUCCUUCCUCUCCCCUUACUCCUUAUUUCCAGGAAAUUGUUCAUUCCCUUCUUACUGUCACUCACAGGGAAGAUGCUGGGGAAUCACGAUUAAGAACUGCUGCAUAUGAGACCUUGAAUGAAGUGGUGAGGUGUUCAACUGAUGAAACAGCUCCAAUAGUGGUGCAAUUAGUUCCUGUCAUUAUGACGGAGCUUCUCCACACUCUCGAGGCACAAAAGCUUUCAUCUGAAGAGAGGGAGAAGCAGAAUGAACUGCAAGGCCUCCUUUGUGGUUGCUUACAGGUUAUUAUCCAGAAGCUAGGGUCAUCCGAGCCAAAUAAGCAUGCCUUCAUGCAGUAUGUGGAUGGGAUCAUGAAUCUCUUCCUCAGGGUUUUUGCUUGUAGAAGUGCCACUGUUCAUGAGGAGGCAAUGCUCGCCAUUGGAGCCCUUGCUUAUGCAACUGGUCCCGACUUUGCAAAAUACAUGCCAGAAUUUUAUAAGUAUUUGGAAAUGGGUCUUCAGAAUUUUGAGGAGUACCAAGUCUGUGCUGUUACAGUGGGUGUGGUAGGUGAUAUAUGCAGAGCCUUGGAGGAUAAGAUUUUACCCUAUUGUGAUGGGAUUAUGACUCAGCUUCUUAAGGACUUGUCAAGCAACCAGUUGCACCGCUCUGUGAAGCCUCCAAUAUUUUCAUGCUUUGGUGACAUAGCACUGGCUAUUGGAGAGAAUUUUGAAAAAUACUUGAUUUAUGCCAUGCCUAUGCUUCAGGGUGCGGCAGAGUUAUCUGCCCACACAUCAGGUGCUGACGAAGAAAUGACAGAGUACACUAAUCUUCUGAGAAAUGGGAUUUUGGAGGCAUAUUCUGGGAUAUUCCAAGGCUUUAAAAACUCGCCAAAAACUCAAUCCUUGAUUCCUUAUGCACCGCACAUCCUCCAGUUCCUGGACACCAUAUACAUGGAGAAAGACAUGGAUGAUUUGGUGAUGAAAACUGCCAUUGGGGUCCUUGGAGAUCUAGCUGACACUUUGGGAAGUAAUGCAGGUUCUUUGAUUCAGCAAUCACUGUCAAGCAAAGAGUUUUUAAAUGAAUGCUUGUCCUCAGAUGAUCAUUUGAUUAAGGAAUCUGCGGAAUGGGCCAAGUUGGCGAUAAGCCGUGCAAUUUCUGUUUGAGGCUACUGCCACUUGGUAUUGUACUUUCCUUUUAAGAGUCCCUGCAUGCAUAUUGGUUGUGUCGAGUCGGGGUCCAGGUUUUGCAUUUCUCCGCGUCAGGUCAUCACCAUUCUCGGACAACAGAAGUAAUUGGUCUUCAAGUUUGUCACUAACUCUUGCAUCAGCACCAUGGGGUCCGGGUCGGGGUCAGGUCGGAGUCUGGUCUAUUUCCUUUUGUCACAGAGGAAUUGGGAAGUGAUGGCUCCUCAGAAGAUGGGUAAAGUCCUUCAUCGAAAAGUCAUCAUCUAUCUGGAGGAUUUGAGGUUGGGAGGUGGGUCUAGUUCUAGUUUUGCUGAACAUUAAUAACUUAUGAUCCUUGAUCAUUGGUUCUUCAUUUGUCCUUGUUAUGGUUGAGACAUCAUCUUUGGGGGAAAUGACCCAUGUCCCUCCAAGUUAUUUAGCGGAGUAGUCAAGUGCAAGAACUGGUUUCUGGUGUCAUGACACUUUCACAAUCACCCUACUGCCAUUUUUCUCCACUUCUCUCAUAUCUCUUGAGCCUCAUUUUGUUUUCGGGGAUUUAAUUUGUGUCUUGCAUUGUUUCAGGUCAUUGGCAUCUUGUCGGGUCAGUUACAGUCAGGUUGCAUAUCUUUUCUUCUUUUUUUUGUUUAUGUAUACUCAUGAGGUUGCUCCAUUUGGGGCCAUUACAUCUUGCAUUCUUCAUAUUUGUUCUAUUACCAGUUGUUAGCAUUAGGCAUUUCAUUAAAGUCAGAUGUUUGAUACACUGCAUUCAUGAAAGCAAAAGCAUGUGUGCGCGCUGCUGCCUUCUUGCUCGGUCAAGUACAGCUUCUUUUUGGGGGUUUUUUUUUUCCGUCAUUUUCCCCUUUGUGGUUUGGAUUGUGUAAUCGUAUUUUGACUCUCGUUGAGAGCCAUAUAUUGGAAUGUCACAUAUUGUAAUGACAUUUAAAGGGGUGAGAAGAGGAUUGCAAGUGUUGCUUUGUAAGAGCCAAUGUAUAUGUAGUCUUGACUUUGUCUUUCUUUUGAGUAUCAAAGUGAUAAUUUAUGAGUCUUAUUUGAAAUUUGAA